AUGGGUAUUUUACCACAAUUUGAAAAAAAAAAAAAAAAAGCAUGUAAUACUGGAAAAAAAUUGAGGAAGUUUAGAAACUUUUUUAGCAGUCUUGCCAGAGUCAUAUUGUAUCGCUUGAAUUUAAUAAUAAACAUGUUGACUUGUACCAAAACAAACCAGAAAACAGGUCAAGCAACAUCAGACGAGAGGGUCUGGCCUUGGUUAACAAAUCUGCCUCAACAGGAACCAACUCAAGGGACCUGGUGUGGAGGGGUUGUGUUUCAGGCAGCAGUUAAGGGUGCACCCCCCAGCCCCACCUGCUACCUGUCCAGCAAGAUUCCCUGGGAAGUGGGGGGGUGCGCAUCUCCUCUCUGGGCCGCCCCUGAAGGUGGGUCCAUUCUGGCCCCUCAGAACUCGCUGAAAGUCAGCACAGGGCUGGGCUUUUCAACCCCCAGCACCCCAAGGUGGGUGCCACUAUCAGUCCUCUUUUUCGGGUGUGGAUUAAGGGAAGGAGAGGAUUCAGUGUUGAAGCUGGUUUUCUGCUGA